ACGAAAACCGUGACGCGCUCGUGACGUGCGCGGAGGCACUUUAAUCCACUGCCGCAGGAGAUCAGCCGGUAACGCGAGGAGGAGGAUGCACGGUCGGUCGGAGAGGACUCACGGCUAAGAAAAAAAGACAAAAAAAUAACAAUAGCAACAACAACAAUAAUAAAACGUAAGAUUGCCACAGAUAACAAGGCUGACAGCAGACUACCAUAUUUAUUGAGAAUCGACGACCGACUGCACCAAAGCUCCUCCUUCUCCCGCCGUAUGGUGUAGGAAGUUAAAAGCUGCGCGACAGAGGUUACCGUGCGUUCUCCUUUUUGUUCUUCACAAGGCUGUGGAUACGCAAGCUAGGGUUUUGUUGUUUUUUUUUGUAUUUUUACGCAAAUAAAUGGGUGAUUACGGGUUUGGCUUGCUACAGACAGCGACUAUAAACAGCAGCACUACACUGUUCGGCGGAGGCGUAUUUAGAUCGUACUCGACCCCCUCUCCGGUUGCUCUCGACCACUUCUCCGCCACUUCGCCGUCAGUGUCCUGCGCCAGCGCCGAGUCCCCUCCGUUCUCGCCGGUCGCUGUGCAUCAGCAAAACAUGCAGGAUGAGCCCGUGAGGUUGACAGCCUCGCAUCAGCUCCCGUCGGCCGUGCAAAACGACAACGGAAACGCGGCCGAGCCACCGCAAGCCGGCGGCAACGGCCGUAGUGGUAACCGUUCGGACUACGACGCGCUGAGCCGCUUCUCCGAUUUCAAAAGCGGGGGUCGAGCCCAGUUUGGUCCGUCGCAGUCCUUCUGUGACCUUCAGCACGACCGGAAAGCACAGCGGCAGUUAAGUCAUCAGCAACCUGACUUGGACUGCCAGGAGCCGCCUCCACCCCUGGGAGAAUUCUCCUGCCACCUGCCGCAGCCCUACGCCGCUGAACCGCACCUUGGCGCGGACGCGGGCCACGGUCAAGCUCACGGCCCGCUGCUGGAGGAGGCAGCGACCGACGCGGUAUCCGCCGCGUCGCCGUCGCCGACGUCCGUGAGUCCUAACAAGGUUAAGAUCCGAAUGGAGUCCCCCAGCGCUCACCUCAUAAACGGCAACAGCACCGCGGGCGGCGGCCUGCUGGCCGGAGGAAUCGGAGCGGGUUUUCCGAACCUCCCCCAUCAAGAAAUCCAGAACCCCGGGGGCGGCUCGGCUUCCCCCACCCUCCCCGGUUUCGGAACACCGUGGUCGGUCCAGACGAGCUCACCCCCACCGCCUGUUUCUAGUGCGGCAAACGCGAGUCACUCAAACGCUCUGAACCCUGCGCCCAGCACCGAACCCGACAACAACUUCUACCCGGGGAUCCCCUCCUCCAUUAACACCGGCUUCUUCCAGAGUUUCUCGCCAGUGUCGGCUAACCCGUGCGCCGGCAUUAACUUGCAGGGCUUCAACAGUCCUUUCUCGCCGCAGAUCAACGUCCCCCCCCAGCCGCCACAGAGCCGCCGGUCCCCGGUCAGUCCGCAGAUGCACCCUCAGCAGGGCGCGUUCCUGCAGCAAAGAAACAACUACAACCAUCACCAGCCCAUGAUGAAACAGUCCCUGUGGGGCGGCACCCAGGGGAGUGGCUGGAACUCUGGGGGCAUGUCCUGGGGAAGAGACCACCGGCGUGGGGGUGGCAUGGGUAUGCCUGGCUCUCUCAGCCAGGUCUCCCCCAUGAAGAAGCCAUUCUCCAGCAACGUCAUCGCGCCGCCAAAGUUCCCCCGCUCCAGCUCAGCCCUGGGGCCCAAGUCCUGGAUUGAGGAGACCGUGUUCCGCACAGACAGCAACUGCAACACACUGCUGCCUCUGCAGGAUCGGAGCAGAAUGUACGACAGCCUGAACAUGCACUCACUGGAGAGUUCUCUGAUCGACAUCAUCAGGGCCGAGCAGGACCCUCUGAAGGGCCGCAUGGGAUGCCCACAUCCUGGUGCCGAUGGCCUGCUCAUGCUCAAUGCAAGGAGCUUCGGGAGACGGCGAGGACGUUCCUCCCUGUUUCCCAUUGAUGAUGGUCUCCUUGACGACGGGCAUGGUAACCAAGGUGUUCCAGGGAUCUUGGGUUCUUCCAGUUACCCACAUCACAAUGGGGAGCGCAUGGAAAGGUUUUCCCGUAAAGUGUUCGUGGGUGGCCUCCCCCCAGACAUAGAUGAAGACGAGAUCACGUCCAGCUUCCGGCGGUUCGGCCACUUGGUGGUCGAUUGGCCACAUAAGGCAGAGAGCAAGUCUUACUUCCCCCCGAAAGGUUACGCCUUCCUGCUGUUCCAGGAGGAGAGUUCAGUGCAGGCCCUGAUUGAAGCUUGUCUAGAGGAGGACAGCAAGCUCUACCUGUGUGUGUCGAGUCCCACCAUCAAAGACAAGCCCGUCCAGAUCCGUCCGUGGAACCUGAGCGACAGCGACUUUGUGAUGGACGGCUCCCAGCCCCUGGACCCCCGCAAGACCAUCUUUGUGGGCGGAGUGCCACGUCCACUCAGAGCAGUUGAGUUGGCUAUGAUCAUGGACCGUCUGUAUGGCGGUGUGUGCUAUGCGGGAAUCGACACCGACCCAGAGCUCAAGUACCCUAAAGGGGCAGGACGUGUGGCCUUCUCCAAUCAGCAGAGCUACAUCGCAGCCAUUAGCGCCCGAUUCGUCCAGCUGCAGCACGGUGAUAUUGACAAACGGGUGGAGGUGAAGCCCUACGUGCUGGAUGACCAGCUGUGUGACGAGUGCCAGGGGGCACGCUGUGGGGGCAAGUUCGCGCCCUUCUUCUGCGCCAACGUCACCUGCCUGCAGUACUACUGCGAGUUCUGCUGGGCCAACAUCCACUCGCGUGCCGGCCGCGAGUUCCACAAGCCACUGGUCAAAGAGGGCGCCGACAGACCACGCCAGAUCCACUUCCGCUGGAACUAGCGCGCCCACGCCGAGGUGGUCCGGAACAGCACCGCAUGUUUGGCAAGAAAAAGAGCUUAGAACCCAAGUUAUCAGUACAGAGCACCUAACAGUAUACAGUAUAUAGAGAUCUAUGAAUAUAUUCACCUUUAUCUUUUUGUAGCAUCCAGAAACGCUACGUGCCUCAGUUGUUUUGUUUUUGUUUGUUUGCUUGUUUGUUUGUUUAUCUUCACCAUUUGCUCCUCCUCCUCCCCUACGUCCCCUCCCGCAUCUCAGGCUCAGAACCGUUUUUUGUGGUACUUUCAUGUUUUUUAAAAAAGGAGAUUAACAAUUUUUAUUUUUUUUUAUUUUUUUUUUUUUUGUAGUUUUUCGAAUUAUUUUUAUAUGUGAGAUUUAAAAAGUAGAUAUGAGUGUUGUUGUUUUGUGGUUUUUUUUGCAUGGGGGGCAGCUAGUUUGUCCGUCCGUCUGUCUGUCUGCUGCUAUUACCCCCCCCCCCCCCUAGUGGGCAAAGUGCGCAAUUGUCUCUGGAAAACCCUUGACGUUAUCUCUGAUGCCUGCCCUGGGUCUUCAACCAAAGGUAGCAAAAUACUCGUGAGCAUGAAAAGGAGCCAUUUCUGCCAUAGAAAACAAUAUUUUUUUCCCUCCCCUCUAUUGUGUUUGUGCUCUUAAAAGUGACAAAAGAAUAAUCCUGAAAUAAGAAUGAGUUCGUCUAUUUUUGCUCUCCAUAUUUGACCUGCAAAAAGAAUGAUACCUCAGACCUGCGGAUCUGGUUUGUUAUUGCUCUACCUAGCAAUUUAAUCACAAGCUAUAUGAGACGCUUUGCUGCUAUAAUUCUGAUAUAAUUAAUAGAUGUAUAGUUGUGAUACCUAAUGGCAUCUUUAACGGAAUCAUUGAAAAUGAAAAUGCAGCGUCCAUUCUGGAACAGGCGGACCGUUGCCGUGGAGGAGUGGAGUGAACAACAAGUGCAUGUUUGUAUCCUUGCAUCGUUUGCAUGUGGUAGGCUAUAGAGGUUUCCAACACGUAUAGGACAGAAAAAAGACAUAAGACUCAUUUUAUUGAUAAACUGAACACUACGUAGCAUGAGAGAUAAUUAAAAAAAAAAAAGUUAGACUCUCAAGUAUAAGAUAAUACCAAUAACAAUGAACAUUACAAAAUGCUAAGUUGAAAGUUCUUACUAAAAAAAAAACCUUUGCAUGCAUUGAUGUGAUAAUUUGUUUACAUACAUUGUUCUGCGAAAAACGUCAUUAGGGUUAGCGAGUUCCACCAUUUUGUGUAUCAAUGGUUAGUGAAGAAGCAGUGUGCUGUCUAGUGCUUGUGUGUCUCGUCUCUGUGUCGUGUGACUAGUUAUGUAUGGAUUCAGGUUUUAGUUUAGUUACGAUGUAGAAAGAGGAAAGUUAGAACAUCUCAACAUUUUGCCUUUGCCCUACUGAACAACCCCUCCCACUCCAUUCAGAGCCUGCGACACAUCACCCGCAGGUGGCGGCUACGGGCCGAAGGUCUGUUGAUUUGCGCCACUUAAAUGUACCGUUUAUCUAGUUGUCCAUUACUGUAGGCAUCAGUGCUUGUGGAGGUGACUCGAAGGAAGCCAGAGCACAGGCUGCCAUUCCUUAAAAGACACUCAGCCUGCUCCAGACUGCGCUGUCUUUCAACUAUCAACGUGUGUGUGUGUGUGUGUGUGUGUGUGUGUGUGUGUGUGUGUGUGUGUGUGUGUGUGUGUGUGUGAAAUUUACAAGAAUCAUAGAUCUAGAAUACAGAUAUAGGUGGAGAUGGACCUAAAACUAGAAGAGUUAAGAAAGAGAGCAACCCAAUCGAUAUUUUUAAAGUAAAUGUUUUUGUAGCGAAUGUUUUCCUUUUUUGGUCUGCACAAAUCUUGUUGUCUUGGGCCCUCCCAUUGUAAUCAAGUGCAACUCUGUAGAACAGUGUUAGGGACAAUCUCUGUAAGCAGUGGACGCUGGACACUCCGGCAGCCAUUUGGUACUGUACUCAUUUUUAGUUCGUCUCUAUCUGUCUGUCUAGCUGUCUCUCUGUUUGUUUGGUCUCUCUUUUCUCUGUUAUCUGUCUAUCUACUCUUUCUCUAGAUCCCUGUUUUUUUUGUGUCUUUGGUAAUAUAUCCAGUGCCCUGGAGCGCUGUCCUGAGUAUUUGUGACUUGAUUGUUUACGUCUCUGCUGUUACCACAUUGAGAAGUUGGAGUGUUUUAUUUACUGUUUUGUUUUUUGUUUUUUUUUUAAACAUAUUUAUUUGUUGAUGCGUCACGAAUCCUCAGGCCAUCAAAUUUCUACUUACAUGAGAACAUGCACUAAUUUUCUGUACAUCCCUGGCAGAUCAUUGUUAUUGGAUUCUGCUGUACACUUCAAUCCAUCAUCUGGUCAGUUUUAAAAAGCCAAACUUUUGAUUUUAAGAGCUAAAAAGCAAUCUUUUUUGUACCGUAGAAACUGUCUUCAAUUCUACCUUUACUGAGUAAGUCCUAUUAUUUAAUAGUCUCUUUUUUCAUAACUUGAUGCCAUUGUGCAAGAUCCUGGGCCCAUACUGAUCUGUGGUAGUAGUGACUGCCCACUGCCGCACUCUGAAAGAGCUGUGGUGAUCUGGGAAUGUGGCCAGGGCCCAGCAGGGUGGAGCCAACAGCUGUCCAUCAGAAGGGUGAACCAAUGGCAGCAUUAGGACUAGUGAGACCCAUGAAGGAAAAAGGCUAUUCUACUGAGCCUUCUAAAAUGGCUGAAGGAAGUGACACCCUUAUGGGAGUGUUCAUAUUGUCAGCACAUCCCUUUAAUUCUCUGCUGUUUGAGUUUGUGAUCAGUACUGUGUCGUCUUCUCCGUGUGGGAUGCUGUUGUCUUGUACACGUGCGUUGUGUUUUCCUGUCUUUUAUUAUUAUUUUUUUUUUGUAUGACAAGAUCAUAUUUAUUUCACUAUUUUUGUAGACAACUAUUUGAUUUGGAUUGUAUUUUUCUAUUUCAGUUAUUUUACACACUGCGUUUUCCUAAUUAUUGGGCAAUGAUUUGUAUGAUUCUGUUCACAAGCAGGCUUUCUGUUGAGAUAUAUAUAUAUAUAUAUAUAUAUAUAUAUAUAUAUA